CGCUGCGAAACCCGUCCAUGCGACUGAGAGCGCCGCCUUCCCUCUCCGCCCUUCUCUCGCCACCAAAACCCUACCUCUUCUCGAAACCCUUCUCUCUUUCCUAUCUCUCCCGACCUCGAACCCUCGCGACCAUGGCUAAAACCCUCGACGAAUCCGACGUCGGCAUCUCCUGCUGCGUCUCUUCCCUUGCCGGUUUCCGCGGCAUCUUGAAGCAGAGGUACUCUGAUUUCAUAGUCAAUGAAGUAGAUUCCGAUGGGAACAUCGUCCGUCUCACCUCCUUUGAUCUUCCCCCAGAGGAAUUUGACGAGAAAGUUCGAGAGAAUCCUUGUUCCGAUGGUAAAGAUUACACCUUGGAGAUUGAAUCGUUUCGGUCCCUUUGCGGCGAGGUUGAUGCUGAUGCAUUGAAGGCUUUUCUUGGGAAGGUUUUGGCCUCAGAAAGCGAUGCCUCUCCCAUUGUGCUCUCUCCCGAUCCUGACAAGUCUCAUCGAGCGGAAGUUCACAAUUUCUUCAAGAGGAAUUUCAAGUUCUUGGUCACGGAUACUGUUGAAGAAUCAGAAGGGAGUUCAAAAUGCAUAAGGGUGAGGUUCUCUUCGGGCAAGGGAGGAGGUAUGAGCAAGAGGGGAAUGAAACGGAAGGAUACCAAAGAUGACAAACCAUUUGACAGCAGAGGCUCUAAGAAUUGGCCAGAGCAUAUUGGAAAGUUUUUGAGGUUUAAUCUUUAUAAAGAGAACAAGGACACCCAAGAGGCUUUAGGACUUAUUGGAAAGAUGCUAGGCGUUCAUCAACGAUCAUUCGGCUUUGCUGGUACAAAAGAUAAACGUGCUGUAACUACUCAAAGGGUUACCAUAUUCAAGCAGCAUGCGAAAAGGUUAGCUGAACUUAACAGCAGACUAUUUGGUGUUAAAGUAGGAGAUUUUUGUUAUGUAAAGGAAGGGCUUGUUCUUGGCCAGCUUGCAGGAAAUCGUUUCACAAUUACUUUGAGAGUCGUUGCUGCAGAUUGUAAGGACACCAUAAAAGCAGCUGCAGAUGGUUUACAGAGGAAUGGGUUUAUCAACUAUUAUGGUUUACAGCGUUUUGGAAGUGGUUCUGUGCCAACCCAUCUUGUUGGAGCAGCUUUACUUCGGGGGGAAUGGAAAGGUGCUGCAGCUCUGAUUCUUGAUCCCAGGGAAGGAGAACGCCCGAUCACAAGAGAGGCACGGGAAUAUUAUAAAGAACAUGGUGAUGUUGAUUCAACACUGAAGAAACUACCUCGUUUUCUGGUUGCUGAGAGGGCUAUUCUUCAAUGUUUGAAGAAGUCCCCUGGCAACUACCUGCAAGCACUAAAGGCUAUUCCUAGAACAUUGAGAAUGAUGUAUGUGCAUAGCUACCAAAGUUUUCUAUGGAACCAUGCAGCUAGCAUGAGGGUGCAGAAAUAUGGGAUUUCACAGGUGGUACUAGGAGAUUUGGUACUAUGUAAAGAAAUCUCUCCUGCAGAAAUGGCUUCCUCUGACAAUCCUGACGUCGAAGAUGAUUGUAAUGAUGGAGAUAAUUGUUUAUUGGAUUUGUCUGAUGGAGUACAUUCUGAAGAAAAGGUUCAAUUUGUAAAAGUUGUUGAUUCUGAAGAUCUUCUUAAAGGACUCUAUACAUUCGAGGACGUUGUACUUCCUUUGCCUGGUUCAAAAAUUUUGUAUCCAGCAAAUGAUAUUGCUGGUGUGUAUCAUGAUUUGGCAAAGAAGGAUGGAAUUAGCUUGACAGAAAGUGUUCAUGGUGCCAAGGAAUUUUCAAUUUCUAAUUUGAAGGGUGCUUAUAGACGGGUAUUUCAGCGUCCUAUUGAUUUUGUGUGGGAAUUACUGGAUUAUACAGAUGACAAUAUACCUUUGGUUGAGACCGAUCUUGAUAUCAUGCAAAAAGAUUCUGGCCUCUCUAACAAAGAAGUGUUUGUAGAUGGAAUCUCUGUCAACCAGACUAAAAACUUAGAUUCAGAGGUUUCAAUUGGUAAACAUAUGGUUGAGGAUGGAAACGCAGAUCCAUCACCAACGAUCGAGCUUGUUCACAACUCCGACAUUCAGUCACCCAAGCUUGCUCUGAAAUUAGCAUUUACUCUUCCGACGUCAUGCUAUGCCACGAUGGCCGUAAGGGAGUUACUAAAAUCUUCAACCUCAGUUUCUUAUCAUAAAUCACUGAACCAUUGACUCUAUUGGGUGUUAAAAGUUGUUUCUCUGGAAGAGUCACAAUGUUUGAAACGGACAGGGCAAGUUGCUGUGGAGGAUGAAGCCACCUGAACCAUUUCAAAUUCAUUAGACACAGGUGUCAUUGGCCGACUGUUUUUACCUGCUGUGUUCUUCUUGACUGACUACUGCUAGAUUAUCAUCAGUGGCAACUUGAUUCAAUUUGUGGGCUGCAAUUAUGCACAAGGCUUCAACAAUGUGGCAGAGAUUUGGUGGAAUUCUCUUUCAUGGUUGUUAUGAAAGAUAGUUUUGGUUCACUGGGUUAAAAUGAUUUCCUGCAAUAUAUUCCAUUUUUAUCUUAUCUAGCAAAACCGAUUUGGUUAAGGUGCAAAAAAUGUCAGGUUAUAAAGUAGUAGUCUUUUGAUGUAGCAGACUGUCUAUGGCCUGGCUUUAUAAAAUAUGUAUACCGUUGCCUGUUCUUGUGGUCGUGUGUUUUGAUGCAGCAGACGAUGGCCUGUCUCUAUAAAAUGUGUAACUGUUGCCGUCUCGUGUUUCUUUGAAUGGUCUUGAGUAUGAAAAAAGAAUGCAUUUGUGGAA